AACGUUGAACUCCAUUGUAGUUGCUUUAAGCUCUCGUCUCUUCCACAGGUCUCGCCGGCGAAGGAUAUCGCUGUUCUUGAUUCGCAAAACCCUUUUCUACGAUGAUUAACGACCAGGCGCAUCCGUCUGGUCUUGUCAUAGCUCACACCGAAGCUAUUCGCUCAUUUCUGACCUCGGCGUCCAUAGACUCACGAAUUUCUGAGGAACUCCGGCAGCUUGCUUCAAAUCUCGCUUCACAAGACAAUGUUCCGUAUAAGCCGCUGAGAGCUAUCUGGUUUGCUACGGAAUCGUCCACCCGGCCGGAUUUGCUCCGUCUUUUGAAUGGAUCGGAGUUCGUCUUUACAAGCCCUAAACCAAGGGAGAAGAGUGAGGAGUUAAAGGCUAGACUGAAGAAGCUUGCGGAUGUAGCAGAGAGGAAGGCCUAUCAGGAACUAGUGAAGGAUAUUGCACCUAAGAAACCAGUUGAUGAGCCUUUCUCUUCCUACAAGGAUCAGCUGGGGUUCGGUUUACACGUCGUGUUGAUAAUGUUUACGGGCUAUCUUGUUGGAUAUGCUUUAUUCCGAGCAUUGUUUAGGCACGAUCCGAUCAUGAGUGCUGCUGGAGGUAUCCUUGGAUUGGUUUUCGGCAUGCUCGUAGAAACACUUCUUUUCAUUAUUCGAGCAUCCAGUUACGAUAAUCGAUCUUCAUCGUCUUCCCGUUCUAAGCUAAAGAAGAAUCAGUAGAGUUACUUCUCUUGAGGUUUGCUUUCUUUCCACUUAAAUUGAACCUAUUAAGUUAGCUUUUACCCUAUGUUGUGGAUCAAAGCAUAAUAGGCAAGUAAGUAAUAAGGGCCUUGCUAAUGUGCUUGCUGUAAUUUGUUUGUAUGAAGUCGUGUUCUUCUGGUGAAGAACAUCAAAAGAAUUGAGAUCCGAUUGUUUAUCUCAGGAGAUGAAAUGAUUUUCUUUUGGAAAAGAAACCUUAAUGUAAGGAUACAAAGAACAAUCAGUUUGAAAUUCGAAGGUCGGUCUCGGAUCGACAAAGAGUCUCUACUAUAUGAUUUUAACGUACAUAUGUGGUUUUUCGGUUCGAUUCGGUUCGGUUGCUUUGACCCUAAACUCCAACAUGGAAUUCUGAAGUCCUCCGUCCCUCCUUCCUUCCUGAUCCGACUAAUUGUGAUCAUGUGAACAUAUUAUGUCGAGGUUGGAUUGUGCUCCAACUCGGACUUUUGAUGUAUAAUGUUUUAACAAGUUGCUAAUAGGCGUAAGUUAUUGUUAAUUU